GUUGCGACUUCUUACAGCGACCUGCUCUCUCUCCAAUACUCUCGCUGAGCUCCUAAAUUUUAGACCUCAGAGAGUUGCUAGCUGCCAUGAUACGGUAUAGAAUUGCUCGAUCAGUGCUGGCCAACCCCGCUUCAACCUCACUUCGACCGUGCAUUCAACAUGGAGCACGCCUUGUACGAUAUUCGACGUCGACCGCAGGCGAGGACGAGCCUGCUACCGCCUCGCUGAACCCACGGUGGCUCUCAGAUCUCAAGACCCGAAUCGGAAAGUGCAUAAUGUUUGGUUUGAACACGCAACAGACAACAGAAGCCGGGUCCAUGUUACGAGAGAUAGCUCUCGACUGGAGAGAACUAGUAGCGGGAAGUGAAGGCUUCCUCACGGGGAAAAAUCGUAGGGGGCUCUACCGGCACGAAGUUGUUUGGGGAGAGAUGGACAGUAUGGGGCACGUAAACAAUGUUGUCUACAACCGCUACGCUGAAUCCGCUCGUGUGAAUUGGGCUCUUAACUUUGCCCAUGUCCUUGAUCCCACACACCGUGCUGAAUGGAGCGGGCUGUUAGGUCCUUCUGGCAUUGGUCUCAUCCUUCGAAGCAUCCGGACAGACUACAAGUUUCCAAUGAAAUGGCCAGACCACGUAACCGUGCUGCAUAAGCUUAGAAACCGGCCAGAGUCGGACACGGACCACUUCAUUCUUGAUGUGCUCAUUCUAUCAGAGCUGCAUCGCCGCCCCGCAGCUAGAUGUGUGGAAGACAUAGUUGUCUACGACUACACCAAGGGACGGAAAGCGCCACUUAGACCUUUUAUGGUUAACAAGUUCAGGGAGACGUGGGAGAUGCAGGAGCAGGCAAAAGAAAUGUACGGGAAUAGGGUUAUGCUUCUGAUCAAGCGUGUGCGGGAAUUGGAGAGGUGCAGUUGGGAUAGGCCUAAUGCCAAGGAAGAUUUCGGAAGCGCAGCGAAUCCAUAA